AUGCCACCACUAAUACCAAACGAAAUUCUAUGUGAAAUAUUUAGUAAUCUAAAUUUUGAAACCGACAACUAUUUUAUACCAAGUCAAAAGGAUUUAUUUAAUUGCCUCUUAGUAAAUCGGCAAUGGUGUUUAAAUGCUAUUACAGUUCUCUGGGCCGAACCUAUGCCAGUAGACAAAGAUAGAAACAUGGUCCAAAUAUACGCAAAAGUUAUCAAAACAUACCUUUUGUUUAUUGAUGUGCAAGAUAAACAACAACUUAUUGAUUAUGGACUUAGAUUUGCAAACACAAAUUCCAAGGAUUCUCGUACAUUUCAAAAAUCUUUACAAAUACUUUAUGGUUCAAAAGACUAUUCUAAUUCUCAAUCCACUCACGUAGUUAAUGAUUCAAAUACUAUUGAAAAAUCAUUUCUUAAUUCACAAGUUUACACUCAAUCUUCUCACACAUUGUUAUUUGAUUAUCCAUCAUUUUUACGGUACCUAGAUAUUGACAGAUUAUUACUUGGAAUAAUAUAUUUAAUUAAACCAAAUGUAACAUCCCGACAACCUGGUGACAUUAUAAUAUUUCAAGCAAUUUUAAAAAUGUUAGCGAAACGUUGUAAAAAUCUUUUAAGCCUUGUGAUUGAUAAUCAAAUGGAGGAUUAA